AUGGUCUCUCUUGUUCCCCCGCAACGCGUUCUCCUGUUCCUUGCACUUACGACGUCGGCGUGCGCAUACAGCAACCACCUCUGGCAUGUAGAUUUUGACACCUUUGGGAAAUGGAAGAUAAUUCAAGAAGAGGAAGAAUGCUGGGAGGCAUACGGAACUCUCAACAAGUCUCCUUACAACUCUAACUCCACUGCGCUCAUCGACUGUAUGCCAACCAACGUAGCACCCGACCUUGUAACGCCAUGUCCAGCUAACCAAGGCACUCAACUAGGCAUACUCGCCAAGACCGACGAAGUAACAAAGUCCGAAUUCGGCGUUGUAGCCGUCAUGCUUGGCCUACUUCCUGGGGUGCUGCAACUAAUAGGCCCUAAAUUCAGCGACCUCGCCAUCCUCGCUACCCGGAGACCCAUUCUGGCACUGUUUCUAACGAUUGGAUCGCCAUGCCCAGCUCUGGACUACGAGACUACGGGCAUGGAGUCCCUUCUCGCCGAGGACUCGCCGCCUUUCUGGCCCGCUUGGCUGAGGACGCGACGGCCAUGGUUGAGCGUUGUAAUUUCUCUCCUAGAAUACUUCGCGGUUAUGGUUGCCGCUGGAAAUGUGGUGUAUCAUUUCUACCGCCUUACAUUCUAUGCUGUCGUCUUGAUCAGCACCCAGAUGGGGCAGUAUGGCGGUACGCUAGAAGCUUUUGCGCCGCUGCUCUGGGCCUUCAUUGGUAUCCCUAUACACUUUCUUGGCGUCUUGCAACUACGCUUGUGCCGCGUUCCUUUGGCAGACGAUGCUGCAUCGACACGCCCGCGGAACAAAACCUCGUUUAUCUCCCUCUUCCGAAAUGAACUCACUCCUUGUGCCUUCGCGACAGACAUCGAAUCCGAUGAAAUCAAACUUCAAAACGGUCCGAUCUAUCAGAUUCUCAACUGGUUGAUCAGGCUUUGCAUUUGGGCUGAUGUCAUUUACGGUAUCAUUGUUCUCUCGACGAUUCUAUUUGUCCCAAUGUGGAGCGCUAUUUGGAUGAUUGGUCUUGUAUUUACGGGGACGCUUGUUUGUAGGUUAGUCUUAGCCUUCGAGAUGCACGGGUUGCGUGAGGUGCCAAAGGUGUAUGGGAAAGCCUCGAGAGGAUCCAUGGAAGCUGGUUAUGAGAUGGCGCGGCUCAUGCCUGAGAAUGGAAAGGCGCCAUCGCAAGAGCAUACCUUGCCCCUGUUGCAUCGCUGA